GUACUGCUUUGACUUUGUACUAGGAAUGUAAGGUCUACAAUCAGUCUUUGGGCUAUGUACAUCUUCAUGGUGGGAGCGACAGUGCUCACAAUGGGUGGUAACAUGCUUGUGAUCAUUUCCAUCACUCAUUUCAAACAGCUUCAUUCUCCAACCAACUUCCUGAUCUGCUCCUUGGCAACUACUGACUUUUUGCUUAGCUUCACGGUGAUGCCCUACAGCCUGGUCAGGUCUGUUGUGUCCUGCUGGCAUUCUGGAGACCUCUUCUGCAAACUCCAUACUUCUUUUGAUAUAAUGCUUUGUACCACCUCGAUUUUCCACCUGUUUUUUAUCUCCAUUGACCGUUACUACAUAGUUUGUGAUCCAGGUGUAGACAUACCCCCACUGAAUUAUGUCUCCAAAAUAACUGUCCCGUUGAUAGUCCUCUUUUUAUUUAUUAGCUGGGUUUUUCCUUUCUUACUGGCCUUUGGCCUAGUUUUCUCAGAGUUUAAUAUUGAUGGUACUGAAGAAUAUGACUGCAAUGGUUUCUGUGCAUUUAUACUUAACAAGCUAUGGGGAGUUCUCCUCUCACUGAUUAGAUGGUUUCUUGGCACAUGGGCAUUUAAGAAACAGAAUGAAGAGUUACAGAGGAAAACUGCCAAAGGAAAGAUAUGA